AAGGCAUUUUGGCUUGUGCAUUUUCCGUUGCGUGGGGGCAGCUCCAAGGUGAAGGACAUGGCCCGGUGAUGUGCUUGCUGACAUGGCCAGUCGAUCCAGGCGUCCCACUGAGGACUUUGCUCUCAAUGCGGUUGGCGUCAAGCUGCUGGCCAGUUCGGCAUCCCUGCCGCCAACGAGGGGCUCCGCCUCUACGACUUUCACCGCCACUAGGGCGUCCAACUGGUCCGCAUCCACCAGGGGCUCGGACUGGACCUCGGCGCUCCCGACCAGGUGCCUGACAACUGCUCUGUCCAUCUCUGUGACUGGGAACCUUGGGAGGAGCCCGGACAUGGACACCACGGCGACGGUGAAACGCCUGGACUCCACUAGCCCCAGGGACAAGAUGGAUAAAGACACCCUUCGCCGGGCGCGGCUGCCCAAACUGGAGAGGCUGCCCGUGGCACAGACCUCACUCGAGAUGGUGGGUGCUAGCAUGCGCAAGUCGCCCUCGCCGGAGCGCCGCAUGAGCAGGUCGGCUGCGCUGCUAGGUAUGGGCGAAGCCAGGCCGGAUUCAUCGCCAGAGCAGGCAACACAGAAAAUCGGCUGCGCCACUGCGGGGGCGGCCACGAUGGCGGCUGCAUUCAGCGACAUGGCGACCAUGGACCUCCGCGGCCUCGACAUUAUCCGGCUGGAGGGCGACCGGCCGCGGCCAGACUCGAGUGAAGACCGGCCGCCUUCUGCGUCCCAGACAGUGCCGCUGAACGUUUGGCUGCAGGAGAUGGGCGUGAUCCAGCUGCCCAUUGGCGACCUCUCGAACAUGUUGGUGCAGGGCAGAGCGGCGUACAACCGCCAUGCCACCGACCCUUUGCCCAUGAGUGUGGCCAAGCGUGCGCGGCUUGAUCGCGCCUUCGUGGAACAUUUGGGCAGGAUCGCCCAGGAGCAGCAGCUGCCGUUGGGGGACCUCACGGAGGACCUGCAGAUCUGGCGCCUCAAGCUACACGACCGGCAAGCCCGCAGAAGGCUGCACGACAUCUUCGGGGGCCGGCGGCGGCGCGCGCCGCCGCCCCCGAACUUUGCCAAGGUGGUGGCAGAGGAGGUGCCUGCGCCCAAGGUGAAGGACACGCCGGCCCCGGUGGAGGAGGAGCUCCCGCGGGCACCGCGGGCGCCCCGCGUGCGGGGCGGCACCGCGGAGGUGGUGCCAGAGGAGGAGGUGCCUGUGCCCGUGCCAGUGCCGGUGACGCCCGGCAUUCGGAAGCCCAACACGCCGAAGAAGCAGGAGGAAGAGGAACCGGAAGUGGAGAAGCCAGAGACGCCCAAAGUUCAGGGGAAAGAAGAGGAGGAGGAAGAGGAGGACGAGAUUCGGAAGCCCGUGUCGCGGCCGGUCACACGGCCCGAGCCGGGCCAGCCCACCCCCAAGGCCAAGGAGCGGGAGGCGCCCAAGGCGGAGGUGGUGCCUGCAGAGCCGGUGGAGGAGAAGGUUCCUGAGCCCCGCGGCCUCUUCCGCGUCAAGGAGCUGGCGGCAGAGAGCACUGCACUGCUGUUCCCGCAGCCCAAGCCCAAAAAGGAGAAGUCCAAGGACCCGAGCAGGCAGGUGGUUCAGGACGCAGACGCGGCCUUCCAGGAGGACUCUGAGAAUCCACUGAGCUCCAGCCUCUCGCGCCCGGCCUCGCAAGCACGUCGGCGGAUGUUCUUGGCAGAGCAGUUCCGCGAGGCGAUCGCGGCGGCAUGGCAGAAGGCGCUGGAGGAAGUCAACGCACGGUGGUCCUUCAGCCAAGUCGCGGCGCGCGAGGCGAAGGAGGACUUCGAGGACGAGGAGACGCGGAGCCCGGAUUCGGACCAGGAUUUGGAGGCCUUCAGCUCUCUGUUCUCGGGUUCCGAUUCUCAGGAAGGCCUGUCCUUGGCGGAGAGCGCCAAGCGCCUGCAGCGGCGCCGGUACCGGCGACGCCUGCUGCGGCGCACCGGGGACCGGACCCGGGAGAAGACUGCGAGGUGCUGGACGCAGCGGGCAGAGGCGUGCCGCAGGCUGCUGGCAAACGUGGACUGCCUCACCAAGGCCGCCAAUUGCUAGAGGGCGGCUUGCUCUUUUUUUUGCUGGCUCGGGGAGCGUGGGAGCGUUGCCACGCGAAAGGCCAAAAGGACCGUGGCCUUGGCUUGGCCCCGAUGUCUUGCCACAAAUGGGAAGGUGCCCCCCC